AUGGCAUGGUUUGAAGGCAUGGAGGCCCUUCUGGACCGCGAUGCCGACCCAAACGCCACAGACCGUGUGCAACAAGCACCUCUACAUGGCGCAGCACGGAGGGCCGAUCCUCGUGCAGUCUCGCUUUUGCUCCGGAAUCGAGCUAACGUCAGCGCACCAGGCUUGACGGGAUAG